UCAACAUUUUUCUAAAUGUACAGUAACUUAUAAAUGUCUUAAUUAAUGUAAAUCAUGUUCUCUUCUGCAUUAAUAGUCAAAAGAGACACAUUUUCCCUUCAUCCUGGAUAAAGUUCAACGAGUGACUGCAAUUAAAUAUUGUAUGCUUUGACUUCAGGAGGUUCCUGUCCUGGUGUAACUGUCAGAGCAUAAUGGUGGCAUUUAAAGGGAUCUGGACCAAGGACUUCUGGAGGGCUGUAUCUGGAGAGUACCUGGCCACGCUUAUCUUUGUCCUUCUCAGUCUGGGCUCCACCAUCAACUGGGCUGCAGGGGAGGAGAAGCCUCCCCCAGCUGACCUAGUCCUUAUCUCGCUGUGCUUUGGCCUCAGCAUUGCCACCAUGGUGCAAUGUUUUGGCCACAUCAGCGGUGGACAAAUUAACCCAGCUGUCACUGCAGCUAUGGUUGUAACUAGAAAGCUGAGCCUGGCAAAAGCGCUGUUCUAUGUGUUGGCUCAGUGCCUCGGGGCUAUUACAGGAGCUGGGAUUCUCUACCUAGUGACACCUGCCGCUGUUAGAGGUUCCCUCGGUGUGACCACGGUGAACUCCAAAAUCUCACUGGGACAAGCCCUUGUUGUGGAGCUACUUAUCACGUUCGAACUGGUCUUCGCCGUCUUUGCCACCUGUGAUCCCAAACGUACAGACCUAGGCGGCUCAGUUGGCUUGGCCAUUGGCUUUGCUGUAGCAAUUGGUCACUUAUUUGCGAUUCCUUAUACAGGAGCCAGCAUGAAUCCUGCUCGUUCCUUUGGGCCUGCAAUGGUCACACUUAACUUCGAGAAUCACUGGGUGUACUGGGUUGGACCCAUUCUGGGGGGCAUACUGGCUGCUGGCCUGUAUGAGUACCUGUACUGCCCUGACCCCGAGAUAAAGAAGAGGCUGAAACAGGUCUUCCAGAAGGAGCCAUCAGGGAAAUACAUGGAGGUGGAGACAGAGGACGUUGCCAUCAAGCCGAGCUCCAUCCAAACCAUCGACCUGGAGAAAACUGAGAAAAAGGAUCCUUUCCAUGACUCGACGGGAGAAGUGUUGUCGUCUGUAUGACUAUCACAUGCACUGGAAAUGGAGACCAAUCUGUAGACCAGCUUGACAAUCAAACUUUGGAGUAUCCAUUUCGGGCCUGUACCCCCUCCAAAGACUUUGUCCUCGUAGCAGAAUAUGAUUUCUGUGCGUGAGACUUUACAACAGGGCUGAAUUACUCUCAUUGUCAUAAAGCUAAUAUGAUGUUAGGGCUCAAUCCCAAAAAACAUCUACAGCCUUUAUAAUACUACUCCCGAGGCCCUGAAUGAUUUUGUAGCAGAGUUGGCGUGUGGCACACAUUGAUUACCGCAGACUGACAGCCCGCGAUACAUUGCGAUCAAGAAAUAUGUGUAGGGUCAACCAAUUAGGUGGGGUCAUCACGCUGAAUUGGAGAAGUGAAGAAGAAAAUGCAGCCUUGUUAUUUUUGGAUUAGUGUCACAUUUGGUCCAUGAACUGUAUAUAUAAUAAAAGGAGAGAUUUUCCUUGUGAUCAUUAAGCACAUUACAGGUCCCAGGUAAUGUAAGACAGCUCUGACAAGCUUUAUUAUCAGAGUUAUAUUACAUUGCUCUAUUUUCAGUGCAUUAGUCAGGGAAACAUCCAGUUCAUCUUUAUGGAGACAUUGUGUCUCUGUAAAAAUGUAUCUCUACUUUUUGAUGGUUAUCGUGUCUAUUACUGUACAAUGAUUUCAAUUUUUUUUUUUUUUCCUAUUUUCAUUAGGUUGUGAUUCUUAGCUGUUUUUAUUUUUUAGAUCUAGAAUUUGUUCUUUUAACACAUUUCUUAUUUCAGUAUAAUUUGAU